AUAAAAAAAAUCUUCAUCCUUGUGAAGAUUUUUUCUUUCUCUCUCUCCUUCCUUUGAAGCUCAUUUGAAUCAGUUUUGUUUAAUGGAGCUUUCGCCAACAAAUAGUGACCAGAAAACAAUGAAAGAUGGUUUUUUAUAGACAAACGAGUUGGAUGAAGUUUUAGUUAAGAUAAAGAAAGCAAAAAGAAUAGUUCUUGCAUUGAAGUAUUGUUUAAACUUGUGGUUAAUGAAGUUAAACUCAAACCACACAUCCUCUGUUCUCAAAGAUCAAGCUUCACCAUCGGUUAACAAAUCAAGACUCGGUAUAUCAUCAUCUAAAUUGACACCUUCUGGUAGAUUCAUGAUGGCUCAACAAUUGAAGAAACCUGCGAAGCUCGAUGAUGUUAGGUCUAAUGGUUGGUUAGAUGCUAUGAUUUCAUCUUCUCCACCGCGUAAGAAGCUUGUUAAAGAUUUCAACGUCGAAGUAGCUCCAGAAAAUGACUUUGCUCAACGUGCUUGGAUGGUGAAAUAUCCUUCUGCGAUUAGCUCGUUUGCACAUAUUGCUUCACAAGCAAAGAAGAAGAAGAUUGCUGUAUUUUUGGAUUAUGAUGGAACUCUUUCUCCUAUAGUUGAUGAUCCUGAUCGUGCCAUCAUGUCUGAUGCAAUGCGUUCUGCGGUUAAAGAUGUCGCGAGUUACUUCCCAACCGCAAUAGUUAGCGGUAGAAGCCGUGACAAGGUUUAUCAUUUGGUAGGAUUAACAGAACUCUAUUACGCGGGUAGUCAUGGAAUGGACAUAAUGACUUCUUCUAAUGAUCCAAAUUGUUUCAAAUCUACUGACCAACAGGGAAAGGAAGUGAAUCUGUUUCAGCCGGCUAGAGAAUUCAUACCGGUUAUCGACGAGGUUUUUAGAACCCUUGUUGAGAAAAUGAAAGAUAUUAAAGGUGCUAAAGUAGAGAACCACAAGUUUUGUGCAUCUGUACAUUACCGUAACGUUGACGAAAAGGAUUGGCCAGUUAUUGCUCAACGUGUUCAUGACCACUUGAAACAAUACCCUCGUUUGCGUCUAACUCAUGGGAGGAAGGUUUUAGAGGUUCGUCCUGUGAUAGACUGGAACAAAGGAAGAGCGGUCGAGUUUCUAUUAGAAUCUCUCGGACUAAGCAACAAAGAUGAUUUGCUGCCUAUCUACAUUGGUGAUGACACAACAGAUGAAGAUGCAUUCAAGGUACUGAGAGAUGGGAACCGAGGUUUUGGUAUCUUAGUAUCGUCUAUGCCCAAAGAAAGCAAUGCGUUUUACUCCCUUAGAGAUCCAUCCGAGGUGAAGAAGUUUCUAAAGACUUUGGUGAAAUGGGCAAAGUUGGAGAAGAACUCUACUGGAUUUGAUUAAUAUAUUGGGAUUCCUGAUUGAAUGCUUUAAUUUACCUCUUUUUUGUUUGUUUAAAUUUUCAGCUCUACUAGUUUUAGUCACAACUUCAUUUAUGAUUUUUCAUUUAUCUCGUGGAAAUUAAGUUGUUAAAGUUAUAUGUAAAGAGAGAUGUGAAUGUAUUGCAUAGUAAAGAAAGCAAUACAAGGAAA